AGCUAUGAGGAAGGCACCAUGAUCGAGGUUAGAGAUGCUUACUUUGCUGAUUUUUUAGUGUAAAUUAAACUAACUUUAGAUACAUAAUGAAGUGAUACAAAUGAAAAGAUGCUGUAUUUUUAAGGGACCUGUUUCACAUAAACUUUGUUUCUUAACAAAUGUGAAAAACCUAAAGAAUGAAAUUGGAAAGUCAAUGAGAGAAACAGCUGUAAAAUCAGAGACCUAUAUUGAAAUUUUGUGCCUGCUUUCUGGGUUUUGUGUACAUUAUUUACUUUAAGCCUCAAUUUCGUAUGUAAAAUGGGGAAAUUAAUAUUUAUCUCAUAGAAUUAUUCCAUAGGUCGAAUAAAGGCUUUAAAGCCUUUAGCACAGUGUCUGGUCCAGAGUAGCUGCUUAAUCAGUGGCGGUUGUAUUUAUAGUAAUAACUUAAUAUUCUUGAACACUUUACCAGGCCAAAAAAAGGAAAGAAAGAGGAGGACAUGGGGAAUACAAAGGAGGGUAAGAAUAAAAUUAAAUGAUUAUAUGCAUAUAAUACAGAUCACAUUAGGCAGGGGUGUCAUGAGGAUUAGUGUGAUAGUGACCUUGUUGCUAAGUGCAAAAGCAAAACAAUGACAUAAAAACAAGUAGGCUAGGCACUGAGUGGAGGAGAGAGAUGGAGGCAGACACUGCAGGAAAAAAAGCUGAUUAAAAAGGGGCCUUUGAUUCCACAGGCACAAAAAUCCACAGCCAGGAAUUUGCUGCCACCUCUGAGUCAGGCAGGGGGUGGGGGUGGGGUGCACAAUCCCAUUAGUACAGAAUGCCCAGUGGAUUUAGUCUGAGAGUCACAUUUCUUAUUUGGACCAGUGUAGACAGAAGCAAACCCAGCUCACUUGUUUCCUGGGACAUUUGAGUUAGGGGAUGGCUUUCGCAGAGCACUCAUCGCUGACCCCUCACCGCCGGGACCUCUGUAGCCGCUCUAUCUGGCUAGCGAGGAAGAUUCGUUCAGAUCUGACUGCUCUUAUGGAAUCUUAUAUGAAGCAUCAGGGCCUGAACGAGAACAUAAACCUGGACUCUGUGGAUGGUGUGCCAAUGGCAAGCACUGAUCGAUGGAGUGAGCUGACUGAGGCAGAACGACUCCAAGACAACCUCCAAGCUUAUCGUGCCUUCCAUGUUAUGUUGGCCAGGCUUUUAGAAGACCAACAGGUACAUUUUACUCCAGCUGAAGGGGACUUCCAUCAAGCAAUACAUACCCUUCUACUCCAAGUUGCUGCCUUUGCUUACCAACUGGAGGAAUUAAUGAUGCUCCUGGAACACAAGAUCCCCCCCAAUGAGGCUGAUGGGAUGCCUACCGUUGUUGGAGAUGGUGGUCUCUUUGAGAAGAAGCUGUGGGGCCUGAAGGUGUUGCGAGAGCUUUCACAGUGGACAGUUAGAUCCAUUCGUGACCUUCGAGUCAUUUCUUCUCAUCAGACUGGGAUUCCAGCACACGGGAGCCAUUAUAUUACAAAUGACAAGAAAAUCUAGCAGUUUUCCCUUUUCUCUCCCCCUUCCUUUUCUAGUGGAAUAUACACAGUUCCCUGAGGCCUCACUUUCCCAUUCUUAAGUUUUGAAAGUUUUCUAACCUUUUAAGACCACAGGCAUUUUCAUCAAGUAUGGUUGGAGACAUGGACAAAUGGGCAUAAGGUUUAUUGUGGAGAGUGUGUGUGUGUGUGUGUGUGUGUGUGUGUGUUUUGGACCAUGAGGGAGUGGGGACAAGGGCAACAUCCUUCCACUUUAGUGCUCUAACCUUUUCUACCCACUAAGUUAACCUUACAAGUAUUUAACAGUCUCACAGGAUAAAUGUAUGUUUAACUUUAGUCCUAGAUGACUUUUCUGAGAAGACUGAAACAGUGAAUGAAAAAUCAUGGACUCUACUAGCCAAUUCAAACUCACAGAUAAUAAAAAUAGUAACUAACGUUUAUGGAGUAUGUACUGUAUUGUAGCAGUACGCCAGGGGCUCUGUGUGUAAUUUCCACAACUCUGUUGAGGGAGGUAGUGUUCUCCCCUCUUGGCAGAUGAGAAAACAGAAAUUACAACUUGUUCAAGGUUACCCACCUAGCAAAUGGCACGCUUCAGUUUGAACUCAGAUCUUUCUCACUCUAAAGCCUAUGUGCCCUUCACUUUAGAGGCCUAAUUAUGAACUUCUUUCACUGCACCUCUGUGUCACAGAGGGUUGGAAAAUUGACCCAUGUAGUCUAUCCCUAGCACUGGAAAAACAAUCCCCAUUAUGUGUCCUGAUGUUACUAGAACAAAAUUUGCAUGAAGGGCAGUAUUUGUUGCCCAUGCCUAGCUAAGAAGAGAGCACUGGAGAUGUUAAGAUUCGGUUUGGGGAAAAGAUUAGGCCCACCAGACUUGUGAAAUUAAGAAGCUCCAGGCUGCUUUAGAGUGCCCACAAAUGUUUUUUGAGUUUUGGAUUGGGCACAACUCGUACUAGGUUACCUCACAUUUAUUGUAAUCAGCAAUGUGGCAACAUAGGCACUGUAAGCCAAGCAUUCAUGCACAAUGGUUGGAAUACUACUCAGGUUAAAAUGUCACAAAACUCCUUUUACCACACAUUCUCUGGACUUAGUCAUGAGGAGAGGGUGAGGCCCACUCUGUUCCAAGUAGGAAUGCCAGCGAUACUGAAGCAAUAUACAGCAAAGCCUCCAUGCUUCACAAGAAAGGGGCAGGGCAUUGUGUUCAAUGUUCUUGAGAGAAACACUGUAUGAAAGACCCCAACUAGUAAAUGUGGGCAUUAAUGGAAAAGGUCAUUUGCGGUCAGGCGUACGAACCAGUGCUGCAGUGUAAACCCAGAAGUUCUCAGGUGUGACGUUAUUUUAUGCUACCAGUUAAAGUCACCAUCGUGGAUGGGGAACCCAAAUCAGUUUAGUUUACUUACUGUGCUCUUAAGUGAACCAUGAGUCAGAGAGGGCUAACCGCAUAGGUUGCAUGAGAUUGGGAUGGGGUGACUUAGCUUUCAUCUUUUUCCCACAAGGGUUUGUGUCCACAACUCCACGAGGUCAGUGUUAUGAGGACUCUGGGAGAGGCACUGUGGCAAUACAGGGCAAGGAAGGCCCUGCUCUGCAAUAUACAUCUGUGGAAAUGGCCUUGUAUGUGUAGAAGACAUCAGUUCUGGUUGGAAUUGUGAGGCACGAGGUUAGGGUUAGGGAGUUCUAGGGAGGAGCUCGAUGAGGGCCAGAAAUCAUUUUCUGGAGGAGGGAGGAGUUCGGUUGUAUCUCAGAGGGUGGCUGGGUACUAAAUAAAGAGAAAUCAUGAGAAGAGGAAGAGUUGGCUGGUUAGAAGAAAGUGAGGCAGUAAUAAGCAUUUGGGUCCAGCUGCCACUCGAGGUUAAUGUUUGGUUUUAUUUCAUUUGUAAUUUUGGUGUAUAGGUAGAUACUGUCUCAGUAAAAGCAUAGAGGCUUACUUCACUUAAGCUUUCUCUGAUUUGAACUUUUUCUUCUGCUUAAGAGCAGUAUUUCUAAUGGAUAAAGUACCUGUUUAUUAAUGUGAAGCUCGUAGAUUUACCUAUGAAGUGUUUUAGGCUCUUUCUGUUUAAUGGAUAAAGAUGGGAAUACAGUUUCUUACUGGGGAGUAACUGAACACAAACCUGAAUCUGAAAGAAGUGGCUCCCAAGUGUUUUGUUUUUAUAUUCAGCAGAUGAGGCAGAGCAGACGUUGGCAGAAGUUUUGGAAAUCAAGGGAGCAUGACUUAAGCUUUGUUGAGUUACAUGUGUAGAAAUAUUUAUCUGUAAGAGGCACAUUCGAAGUGGCAGAGGGUCCAGGAAAGGUACAAGUACUAACUACUGAAUAGGAGAAAAAUAGGAAGCUGUGUGAGUCUUGAUUAGUAAGCAGCCAAGUCCCCCUGAGUGUGUACGCCCAGCGUUGUGAUAAGAGUUCUGUAUCAGUUUCUUCAAAAAAAA